CAUUCCCGAUAGAUAUAUCUCCUCGGCCGCUUCCUUCCCCUCCUCUCCCCCGCCUUUUCUUUCCCUCCCAGCAGGCUGCUGCCUUAGUCUUACCCACUAAAACCCACACACUCCAACAAAAAGCAGAAACUAUACCCGACUCUCUCUCUCAUUUCCGCUUCCAUCCUUCCCUUCCAUAUGGCUUCAAUCUCGGCCCCUACUCCUCCCCGCAGUCUCUUUUUCUCUGCCUCCCUCCGCCACUCCAAAAGCCGUCGUUCCUCCCUUUCCCCCUCUCCAGCAUCCCCUAGGUUUCCCGAUCCCUCUCUUUGUCGCUGCACCAAUUCCUCUUCUUCCUCUUCCUCAUCGGAUAACCCGGGCCUGCGAUGGGAUGCUUUGAUUCAGGACGUUGUCAAGGGCGCAAUGAAAAGGUUGGAAUCCAUUAUCGGGAAUCCAGCCCGAGAGGGCUUGGACGAGGGACCCGUCGUGGAGAGAGGAAUCCGAGAAGAAUGUGAAGACGAAGGACAUGAAUGGGAUUGGGAUCGCUGGAGGAGGCAUUUCCAGGAGGUCGAUGACCAGGAGCGGCUCGUCUCUGUCUUGAAGUCUCAGUUGAGUUAUGCUGUACACAAGGAAGAUUAUGGAGAUGCUGCUAGGCUAAAGGUUGCAAUUGCAGCUGCAGCAAUGAACGACACCGUGGGCAAAGUGAUGACACAUCUGGUGAAAGCAGUAGUUGAAGAGCGCUAUCAGGAGGCAGCUUUCUUACGGGAUCAUGCUGGGGCUGGACUGGUGGGCUGGUGGUCUGGUGUCUCUGAUGAAGUGCGUGAUCCUUAUGGCUUGAUUGUGCGCAUAACUGCAGAGCAUGGGAGAUAUGUUGCCAGAAGCUACAGUCCUCGUCAGCUCGUUACAUCUGCAGCAGGUGUUCCCCUGUUUGAGAUCUUUCUUACGGUCAAUACAAAGGGCGAAUACAAACAAAAGGCUGUUUACCUGAAAAGAAAAGAGCAUCCUCAAGGUCCUUCAAAGCUGGCAUCGAAAGCACCAAGUGGACCCAGUCGGUUAAGUCGUUCUGGGCCAACCGAACAGAAAGAUGAUCUGUUUGCUGUAACUACUGAUGAGACCGAGGAUGAUGAGGAUACAGAAGAUGGUUCUGAUCCAGCUGAUGGAUUUCCUGGUUUUAACAAUAUCAUGCGAGAUAUGAUACCUGGUGUCAAGGUCAAAAUUUUGAAAGUGACAACACCUGCAAAGAUGGAUAGGGAGUUCAUAGCCAAGGUGAUAGAUGAUCUAGUGGAUGAAGAAGAUUAUAUGAAGGAUGUUGACUUGGAAAGUACUGAAGGUGAAGAUGAUAUUGAGGAAAGUGAGGAAGAAGGAGAUGAGAUUGACAUAGAUGCUGCUAGUGAGAUGAUUGAUAAUGUAGAGAAUGGUGAGAUAUCAAUUAAGGUUGUGGUGGGAGGUCUUGCUCAGAGGCCUUCAUCCUCUGUGGCUGGAGAAGAUAAUGUUAGGGUACCAAUUAAGUUAGAGAAGAAGGGGUACAGGUCAUUUUCCCUGUCUGUAGAACAAGAGACCAACAAACAGGAUGCUGGCGCGAAGGAAUUGGAUGGUAGUGAGAAACAAGGGCAACGCACUCUGGACCAAGUUAUGUUUGACCUUACUAAAUUCAUUGGCCCUGAGAAAAUUCCGUUGAAGGUGGGUUUGGUGCAGAAGGUGCUGAAAGAUCUUAGUGAGCUAGUAAGUGUUAGCCUCAGUCAAGCUCGAAACCGUCAACCAUUGUCUGGCUCAACAACAUUUCAUCGAAUCGAUAUAUCAGCCUCGCCAGACCCUUUGAGUGGACUGUAUGUAGGUGCACAUGGGCUGUACACGUCAGAAGUUAUACACUUGCAACGCAAAGUCGGUCAAUGGAAAGAUGAUGGUGUGUCUAAGGAGGCUUCUAGAAUUGAGUUCUAUGAAUAUGUUGAGGCAGUGAAAUUAACUGGAGAUCCUUAUGUACCUGCUGGGGAGGUAGCAUUUCGGGCCAAAGUCGGUAAACAAUACCAGCUUCCUCACAGAGGUAUCAUUCCUGAAGAAUUUGGAGUGAUAGCAAGGUAUAAAGGACAAGGGAGGCUUGCUGAUCCAGGAUUUGGGAACCCUCGAUGGGUUGAUGGUGAACUUGUUAUUCUCGACGGAAAGUACAUUAAAGGAGGACCUAUUGUUGGAUUUGUGUAUUGGGCUCCUGAAUAUCACUUCUUGGUGUUCUUCAACCGCCUACGGCUUCCAUAGAUGCUCGUGUACAUAAACUUGGUGCUUGCCUAUUCGUUGUUCAUAUUUUUUGAGAUCCCUUCUUGGUCCACGGCUUAUAUUAGUACUCUGCGUCAACAUUUGGAGUACUGUCAGAAAGAAAAUUUACAGUUAUCUGUUUCUUUUAUCCCGCAGCCUUGAAUGAUGGUGAAGAUGGAAGAAUGUCAAUCCCAUGUUUCAUAUUCCACAGACGGUCUAUGCCUAGACUUACUGACUGACUUAGUCUGAAGUUGACCCGUACGGCUUGGACGACAUUGUUCAUACUUCCAGCAUUUCUUUUCCUCCUAUUUGUUAUGUGGCUGGGAUUGACGGCAACCGCUCCGUUCCUUAUAACAUGCUUGUAUAUGUGGAACUUUGUCCUUCGGCGACGAUUCACCUUAUAUAUAUUGCCUAGUUUGACUAUUAGCUUCGCGACGUUGAACAAAUAAUAAAUGGGUCUUGGAUUGAUUAUUUGUAUAAGUUAUUUUAUUUUAUAUAACUUGUU